CAUUUGCUCUCAAACACAAACAUGACGCGUGCGCGCGCGCGGGGUCAUGACCUCUAGAGACCGAGGACGCGUGCUGCAGGGGAGAGGGUUUACAUCAGCUUCACACAGACACAAACACCUCUGUGGGUGUUUGUGAUUUCCUGAAUCUCGUGGCGUAUGAACAGAAGUACAGACUCCAAGCAGACGCAUGCAGUGAAGAUGCUCUGAUUCUCUCUCAUCAGGAUGCGUUUGAACUCGUGAAACUCUGCUGAAACAUGAGUGAAUAUUCAAACCAGAGUCAGUCCGGCAGCGAUUAUGAAUGGCAUUAUGAGUAUUAUGAUGAAGAGAAAACCAUGUCCUUCGAGGGACUGAGAGCCAACAGAUACUCUAUUGUGAUUGGUUUCUGGGUUGGACUGGCCGUGUUCGUCAUCUUCAUGUUCUUUGUUUUGACGCUGCUGACCAAAACAGUAGCUCCACAUCCAGAUGAAAAGCAUCAUGGUCUAUCUGACUGUGUGCUGGAGCUCAGCGGCUCUCAGGCGUUUUCUCUCCCGCCGCUGCCGGACCAAUCACAUUCCCUCUUUCACUUCAACAUCCACGAGGAGGCCGUCAGAGACACAGUGAUUGGCCGAGCGAGGUGUUGUGGGCGGGGCCCCGGGGAUGAGCACGUCCUCUCCGACUCCCACAUUCCGAACUUUGUGAGCUCCGAGCAGUGCUCCAGCAUCGGGAACGAUGACUUCCUGCUGUGUGAGCUGCCAAUCAUCACAGACAGCCAAUCAGCUGCUCCGAAGAGCUAAGAUCCUCUGAUGUCAUCAGACACUAACACACUGAGUUUUUUUAUUAUUAUUAUUAUUUUCUCUUGUGGACUAUAUUUGAAUAUCUUUUAUGUGCAUUAUCUUAUUCCGGUCAGUACUAAAUGAACAUAAUAUGCGUUUUGUACGAUCCCUCUUAUUUUGUUAAAAUAAUGAACAUUUUGCAGAUUCUGAAAGAGGGGUGUAAACUUUUGAGCUCGACUGUGUGUUUAUAUCAGUGGCUGUUUCUUCUGAGGAAAGAUGAGAGACGUCUUGUGUCUCUGGAGUAAACACCACGAUUAACGACUCUAAUGACCCCCAAACACACGGGGAGCAGUGCAAAGCAUUCUGGGUAAGAGAACCAGAUCUCACAGGUCUGUGAUGAGCGUAAUGGCUCAGAAGGAGGAAAAAGAGGAAAGGUUGUUUCCUUGGAGACGAGAGUAAUGUGUUAUAACAGAACAUUCCUAUCGCUCUUAUAUGAACACGUGAGAGAAGUGUGUGUAGGAGAGUGUUUCGCUCUAUUCUGCAAAAAUAUUGCAGCUAAAGCUUUGAGAUUUAACCUUGGUUUUUCUUUCUUAUGGAAAUAAAGCAAAAUCAUAAGAAA